AAAGAAAGAGACAGACAGCGAAAAGAGAGGGGAAAAGGCCCGAGGGAGACAAGACCCUGGCCAAUCAAGCAAUUACUCGCCCCAGUACAACUGUGGGUAUUCCCAAGCAAAGUUGAACCCUUCCGUGGCAGAAUUUCCGUUUGGUGAGAACAUCACCUUCUGGAGCUUUUCAUCUCAACUUCCGCUUCCAGCAAUUUGACCGGCUUCCUGGUGUCUCCUUUCCUUUCUGCCCCUCUCCUCAUCCUUCCACUGCCCUUGCCCCUAUUCCCGUCUCUUCCUUCCUGCCCAUCGUUCACGCUUUUUUUUAUUCUAUUUUUAUUUUUAUUUUGGCAAAUCGACAAUUGGAUUUCAGCAUCAUACGUUAGUUGCUUUCAGUGUCUGUUUUGUUGUCUUUCGUUUUUUUACCGCUCCGUUCCUUGAGUGUCUUGCUGUCUUUUGGUUUUUUUUUUGUUUUCUUUUUUUUCCCUGCCUCUUUUAUCUGGUCUCUUUUCUUCCCCUUUGGGCCUCUUUGAUGGUUGGUGGUCCGCAGGCCGCCCGACGUGCAUUUCUAGGUACACUUUCCGUGCCGUGUUUCUGUCUCGGGACAUUCAAUCUACUGUCCGAUCCGAUCAAAAGUCCUCUCUGCCUACUCCGUCCGAAUCCAUCUCGACAUCUUGCCACCACAGGCUCUGCAGCAGCAUCUUUGCGUACUGUAACGUACCUGCGCUCGUCCCGAGUUCGUCGUUCUUAUCUGUUUUCACCAUCGAAGAUCGAAUCAGAAUCCCACGCGUCCCGAGCCUCUUUUCACUACUGCCUCCCGUAGCGUGGCAAUAUCGAACUACGAUUCCAGGAAGGAAACAAAAGUCGGCGUAGCAACAGACGGCUUCACAUGGGUCAACGUUCACGGUAAAAGUGAGCAGCUCCCUGGACACCAAACACUCGUUAAUUUCAUCUUCCCCAGCUGGCCGCAGGCGUCCCUUUUACGUUUUUCUCGUUUUAAACAUUCAUUUCUCGCUUUGAAUUUGAAGACCCGCUAUUUUGUAUGCUGAGGGCUACUGCAUCAUAACAUCGCCUAACUGCCUGCGUUUUUCUUUGCCUGGCCGGUCAACUUUGUUUUAAAUCACCUUGCUUGUUUGUUUCCCCGGCGAGAGAAUCCCUGACGACUUCAUCAUUGGCUUUUUAUAAUUGCCUUGCGUUCCCUGAAUUCCCGAUUCUCUUCCACUCGAAGGGAAACUCGCCGCUCGUUUCUACUUAUCAAAUCCCGAUUUAUACAAACCGGGUAACCUCUGUCUUUGCCUACAAUACUCUGCGUUCAACCAGGCACUUGUGUGUCCCGCUAUGGCUGCCUUGGUGCAAUCAUAUCCUCAGCAGUCCGGAUCUAUCACGAUGCUUCACACACGCCCUGGUUCGGCGUCAGCGAUACAAGGACAGAACCAACCGUAUGGAGGGAAUCAGCCGCAACGAAACAGCUACUAUGGAGGGUCAGGUGGCCAAGCAGUCUAUCGGAUGAAUCCUGGGCCGACACAGCCGUAUGCGUUCACCAACACCCCGACGCUGCACUCUAAUAACCAGUGGCAACAUCCUGCAGCAUACAGGACCGCUUCCUCUCCCGCGGUCCCUACAAUGCGGGCGUUCAGCGGCUCUGGUUCUCAACAACGUGGUCGGUAUCCUGGUAGUGUGUCAAUGACCAACCUACCCAGCAGUUCUUAUGUCGAAUAUGGCGCUGGCUCAAGAGAUGAUUCCAGCCUGCCUGCUGUCGGCGGUCGAAGGCAUCCUUCGGCUCCAAGACCUCAAUCGGCUCAUCUUAUCGGCGCUACGACAGCGACUGCAACCCAGGUGACCUUUACACAGGCGACUCCGGUCCGACUGUCCCCCGAACGUUAUAGGAGGCCGACCCCCCGAAUUGUGGACGUUCCUGCCGGAGCUGCAGGUCGACAACAACUACCUCCUCCACAGUUUGGCGACCCGAGGCUUGCUGUCCCAAGGAGCAGAACGCCGUCGAACACCAACAGACCGAACAGUUUCUAUAACUCGACGACGGCUGCCUCGACAGAUGACUUCCAGCUGUAUCGCCAGCAGCUUCCGGACGAGCAAAAGCGUCUCAGACGCCGCAGCAUGCCUGCAUUGGACUCGGCCGAAUACCGUCGACCCUUUACCCCACAAGGUGCCGGUCAGUCGGGAGAAACGACUGGGCAGAAGGGUGGUGAUAUUUUCCAGUCACAGAGCCGUUUGGCUCCUCCAUAUGGCGGCAAAGCCAACAGCGCCAGUCUGCCUUCGAGCAAUGGCAGUAGCGAAAGCUUGACAUCAAACCGUAGCAAUUCUUCCCAUCCGUCGUCAGCCAACCGCAACCCCGGCACCCCCACAGCCAACCCCGCCGGGUCUAACACCUCUGCCGCCGAUCAAUCAGCCAACUCGGAUUCCCUUAGGGUUGUCGCCAUCCCCCCUCGAGGUUCUUCAUCCGAUGCAUCAAAGACGGUCAAUAAUCCGUCUCCGUUGUCCAAGCCGGUGACGAUGGAUUCAGAGUCGGACGCUGCCGCCAUCGAUGCGAAGGGCGAUGCUUCGAUCCGACCGGUUUCCAAAAACGAGUCGCCCGCUCAGGCUCAGACGGGCGAUAGCCCGGCAGUUCAGAGAUUGGCCGCCAUUAGCAAGAAUACGGGGAAAUCCAAAAGCAAAACAUCGCGCCUCCGACGCGCAUUCUCGUUUGGCAGCGCUGCCGACUUCAAGAAGGCCGCCGAUGAACACGAAGCCAACCAGGCUGCCCAGACUAGUACUCCUCCAACAAAACUACAGAAGGAACCUCCAUCAAAUCCCGUGUACGAUGCCGAACAGGCCAGGAUUGCUCAGCAGCAAGAGGAGGCGGGUAUCGGAAACAACAUCUAUGCAGGUGCCAAAAUCUUUUCCAGCUCGACCGACAACCUUUCAAUCUCUUCCACGGCGUCAUCAGCUUCGAUUAUGAUCCGCAAGAUGGGACGCGGAAUGAAAAAGGGAGGCCGCUCUCUUGUAGGACUUUUCCGACCCAAGUCUAUCAUUGGCGCACCCAUGACGGACUCGAGGGUUCCUGAAGCUAGCCAAGCCGAGGUCUCGAUGAUCACUGCAGAGGCAGAGAGGGAGAAGGUCAAUGUGACGGCCAAUCCCCGCGACCAGGCCGGUGGAGGCGUUGGUUUCCCACGAUUAGAGCGAAAUUCAAUUGAUGCAUCCAAAGUUGACGGGCUGACACCUGACCAUCUUGGUGUUUCGAUUGGCGACCAGCCUAGCUCGCGCAGGAGCAUCAUCGGCGGCGAUAAGGAGCGUGCCGAGGCGCUCGCAGCUGUGCGCACUAAGGGAAUUCUCAAACGCCGAGGCUCUCCCAGUCCGCCCCGGGGUAAUGGUUUGCCUGGUGUCCCGCCGAUGAGCGACUCGCCAAACUCCAGCGCACCGAGCACGCCUAAUGACGAUGUACAAGCACACAAGCGGGCGGGGUCGGUAGCGAUCGGAAGCGAAGAUUAUUUCAUGACUGCACUGCGGCUCCGCCAGGACACUAAGAGUGCUCCAGUGACUCCUCAAGGUGCCACACCCACUAGCACGUUGAGGAGAAACGCAACUUUCAGCCCGCGCAUCGUAUUUUACGACACAUGGCCACCUCAAGAGUACGACCGCCGCGGAGAGAUUGCUACAUGCAAUCGCCUCACGCCUAUGCUGGCUCAACAAAUUAAGGAGGAGCUUAACUCCUUCAAGAUGGAGAUGGAGGUUCAUGAGAACUCAAAGAUCUACACGCACUUCUUCUGAUGAUACACUCCUCGGAGAUACGAUGACACAUUAACGUGGCAGCCUAUUUUCGUUUCGCGCGGGGGAAUAGUUCUUUUUAUGGCGUCCCCUGUGUUGUAUUUGCACAUGUUACAUUUUCAUGGCGUUUACUUUCUGGACAGCAUAGUAUGGUGUCAGGGCGUCUUUUCUUUGUCGAGGUAAUCUGUCUCACCACCUGAGGUGUCGAGUUGGCUUCAGACAGCCACACAGCUGAGGCUGGGCAGAUAUUGCCCCCGCUACGUAUAGUCGACAGACAACCUGGCAGGUGAUGAGAGUUUGGAGGAAAGCUCGAGGGCUCUUGCGAUGCCCCUGGAUGAGCACCAAUGGGGUGAGUGACGUUGGCACUUCGGCAAGGAACUCCCUUAUCGUGGUGGGCAACAGCGGGGGCGGUCCUCUGUUUGUCAUACAUUGCUGGUUCAAGGACAGCAUUUUCGGUGGCUUGUUAAAAUUCUGGGCAUAGUUUGGUCUUUUGUUUUUCAAUUUCCUAUUAUCUUUGUUCAUACUUAUUUCUCGAGUGGCAGUCUCGGAUUCCUUUUGCUUUUUGCAAGCAUCCUAAUUUUUCAUUCUGUUUUUCCGUACAUCGGUGCAGCAAGCGAGCGCAUUGGGGGUUUAGAAGAGUCAUGUGUGUGUGUGUGUGUGUGUGUGUGUGUGUGUGUGUGUGU